AUGGGAAUUAAAGAUUCUCAAUUGCUAUUUUACUCUGAUACUUUGGCAGCUGGGGACAGAGAAAAUGAUCCUGUUUUAGUUCACAAUUCUGCUCAAUCUGUUCAAUUUCUCAUUGACAGUGGUGUUAAUCUUUCAGAUGUUAAUCUCUGUGGCGGUCAUUCUGUGCCACGAACACAUUGGUUAUUAUCACCCAAAGAGGGUAGACCUUUGCCAGUUGGUGUUGCAAUAAUUCGGGCAUUAAAGGCAAAACUUGAGGAAUGGCGUGAUCCAGCAAAGUUUAAUGAAAAAGAACCCCGUUUAAAAAUUAAAUUAAAUCGGCAAGUUCUUGGUUUGGUUACUUGGAAUGAUUUUGUGACGGGUGUUAGAGUUCUUGAAGAAAUCGCCGGAAAAGCUGUAAUCUUAACCACUGGCGGAUUUAGCGCUGAUCGAGAGAAGGAUAAGACAUCUUUACUUUUGGAAUUCGCUCCUUCACUUCUGUCAUAUCCUACAACGAAUGGAGGGUUUGCUACUGGCGAUGGAGUCAAAAUGGCACGGGCUAUGGGUGCUGGGCUUGUUGGAAUGGAUAAAAUACAGGUUCACCCAACUGCAUUCAUUGAUCCCAAAGAUCCUGGGGCUACAACUAAAUUUCUGGCUGCAGAAGCUUUACGUGGCAAAGGCGCAAUACUUAUUAAUCAUGAAGGAAAGCGGUUCGGAAAUGAGUUGGGACGGAGAGAUGAACUUACAAAACUUAUCAUUCAACAUUGUGCUCGUCAAAAGGAAGCAGGUGAUAUGCCGAUCGCUUGGAUGUUGAUGAAUAAAGAAUCUGCCGAAUCAUUUGGAAUGCCUGCUUUUAAUUUUUAUUUCAAAAUUAAAGGCUUUUUUAAAGAAUUGCCAAAUAUUAACAGUCUCGCUACUGAACUUAAUGCUUCUGAAGAUGAUUUAAUUCAAACAAUUAAUGAUUACAAUAAUUAUGCAGAAAAACGAAAUAUUGAUAAGAACUUUAAAGAUCCUUUUGGAAAAAGCGUUUUUCCUGUUAAAUUUAACACAAACGAAUCUUUCUUUGUGGCGACAAUAGCACCUGCAAUUCACUACACUAUGGGUGGACUACAAAUUGACAAAAACGCAUUUGUGUUUAGUGAAUUUUUAUCAAAACCAUUCCAAGGUCUUUUGGCUGCUGGUGAAGUUACUGGGGGUGUACAUGGUGCAAAUCGUUUGGCUGGAAAUUCUCUUCUUGAAUGUGUUGUUUUUGGUCGUAUUGCAGGGAAAUCUGCUGCUGCUAUAGAUUAUCAAGUUUCGGCUCUUUUGGGCAAAACAAGUCAUUCUGGAAUAGGUGCAGAUGCGCAGACAAAUGAAGAAAGGCAGGAACUUUGA